UCUACACCAUAGGUUUGUUUAAGACGCGUAAACAAACUUUUAUUUCUUGAAAAAGGGACUUUUAGUAAUAUAUAGAGGGAUUUUAAUUUUUCUUUCUUUAAUUUUUAUAUACAAUAUUAUUUCUUUUGCUUGACUAGAGGUUCAACAGGCUUGACGGUAAUUUAAAGAAUUUUUUUGGUUCAUGAUGGAAUUUCCUCCAGAUCAAGCACUUCUCGAAGAGAAGAAUACUCUACUUCAAAGUUGCGGAUUAGAUGAACAAAUGAUGUUCUAUAAAUGGGAGUCCUGGUGUCUCCAGCGGGAUAAUAAGCCUGUCCUAAACUUAGACAACUUUAAAGCAUUUGCCGCAGACAUGAGAACUCAAAUGGAGCGCCAGGUUAGAGCUACUUUACGAGACAAGCCAGAGAAGAAAACCACAAAAACAAAACUUGGAAUGAACUUUGAAAAUAUGCUUGGCUUACCUGCUAAAUCCCAUGACUCGAAAAAUAGCAACUCAAAUCAUCCCGUGCCUCCCACUUCAGAUGCACCAAGUCUCACUGAUGAGUCCGGCCGUGUUCUUGAAGCUCUCAACGCACAUAUACCCUCGGCAUCUACUAACGCUAAUGGUAAAAAACCAGCAUCAACUGAAAUAACAUCAAGUAUUGAUCCGAGAGCAUACCAUUAUAGGAUCAUGUUUCAAAAACUCCAAGAUUCGUCUGAAGUUCUUGACGACCGAAUCGAUCUUUUCAGCGCUAUAGUUUGCGAUCACUAUAAGAUUGCUGAUGAGGAUCUUGCAAAUCCAAGUGAACUUACACAGGAAAUGGUUACCGUGGUCGGUAGAGUCGUUGUUGAUAGCAACACUGUUGGAGGACGCCUUAACACUAAUAGCAUUUUGAUAGAAACUUCAAGAAGACUAGGCGCUGGCGCCAGAGUUUCCCUUAAGUUAGAUGAAGUUUCUAGUUACUCCAUCUUUCCUGGACAAAUACUUGCUCUUAAAGGAUCCAAUCCUAGUGGUAAAACUUUUGUUGCUAAAGAAGUUUUACCUCUACCUCCUCUUCCAUUCUCUGUUUCAUCUAAAGAAGAAAUUGAGAAUUUUAACAACAAAGCAAACAACCAACCCAUUUCUAUAUAUGUCGCUUCUGGUCCUUGGUCUCUUCGAGAUGAUCUUUCGUUUACCCCUUUGAAAGCCUUAGUUUCAUAUUUGCUAGAAAAUCCUAUUGAUUUGGUUAUUUUAACGGGCCCGUUUAUAGAUAUCAACCACCCUAUCCUUUCCACCGGAAAUAUCCCAGACACACAAGUUACUUCUCUUGAAGAUUUUUUUAAAGAACGUGUUUCUCCGAUCCUCUCUAAAAUUUCUUGCAAGUGCAUUCUCCUGCCUCACAUCAAUGAUGCCAUUUCUAAUCACCCUGCUUGGCCUCAAGACACAUUCGAUCGCCAUACACUAGGCCUCCCAUCUAACUUUAUAUGUUUCCCAAACCCUUGUAUCUUUUCAGUGAAUGAAGUUGUAUUCGGCAUAUCUACUAACGACAUUCUGUUACAUACUUCCAAGGAAGAGCUUUUCCGAACACCAACCCAUGGGAACCUUUUCUCCCGAUUAGUAGCUCAUGUAAUCCAGCAAAGGCAUUUUUACCCCUUAUUUCCAGGUGGUUCUUUGGACAGAGGUAAUCCUUCGAAUAUCGAUAUUUCACAUCUUAAACUUGGAGAGCUAUUUAAAACCGUUCCUGAUGUCCUCAUUUUACCUAGCGAUAUGAGGUAUUUUGCAAAGACUGUCGAAAACGUUAUAUCUAUUAAUCCAGGAAAAGCGACGAAAGGAGUCGGUUUGGGAUCAUUUGCAAAGCUAACUAUUCUUCCUUAUCCCCUUGAUUCUUCAACUCCUUCUAGUGACCUUCUACACAAUGCUCAGUCUCGUACUAAAGUUGAGAUACUAAAGUUAUAAACCCAUUACUUCCGUUGUUCUUCAUAUCACGAUUUGAUUUUAUAGCUACAGUUUACAAUUAUAAUACAUGGAUAUGCAACUAUGAUUCAUUUAAUUCAUUAGUUACAAUCAUCGUUCUUUUAAUUUAUCUGUAAGUAUAAUAAUUAUUAAUUAUAAUAUUGUCCCGCGAG